CCCGUUCCGUUCCGGUCCGUCCCGUCGGUUCGAUGGCGACGCGCUGCGCGCUCCCGUGGCUGCUCGCGGCGGCGGUGCUGUGCGGGGCGGCCGAGCGGUGCCCGUCGUGCGGGGCCGGAACGGAGCGGCGGCUGCUGGAAGAGGCGGCCAAACGGCAGCUGCUGGACGGGCUGCGGCUCCGCGAACGGCCCCGGAUCGCCCACGCGGUGCCGCGCGUGGCCGUGGCCCGGGCGCUGCGGAGGCUGCAGGCGGACGGGCCCCGACGGGGUGACCCCCCCGAGGAUGAGCGGCGCUUUGAGAUCAUCAGCUUCGCGGAGGAAGAGCCCACGUCCUCCCCGGGCACAGUGCUGCGCUUCCACCUCUCCCCCCCCCCGGACCGGGACGUGCGCGUUGUCCAGGCGCGGCUGUGGCUUUACGUCCGCGUUCCUCGCGGCGCGGUGACCAACGUCACCGUCAGCAUCUCCCUGCUGGAGGGGCGCGGCGACGUCGGGGGGGUCCGCCGCGUAUCGCUGAGCGCACGGCGGGUGAGCGCGCGGGGCAGCGGCUGGAGGACCUUCUCCAUCCUCCCCGCACUGCGCGGCUCCUUCGGGCCGGAGAGCGGAACCCUCCGGCUGCACCUGCAGAGCUCCGGGGACGGCGGAGGUAUCGUCGCCGCCUCCAACGCCACUCAGCCCCGGCGGCCCUUCCUGGUGGCCGCGGCGUCGUCGCGGGACCCGCAGCACCGCGUGGCCAAACGCAGCCUCCGCUGCAGCCGCGACUCCGCGCUGUGCUGCCGCCGGGAUCACUACGUGGACUUCAGAGCCAUCGGUUGGAACGAUUGGAUCAUCAGCCCCGAGGGCUAUCAGCUCAACUACUGCGUGGGGCAGUGCCCGCUGCACGUUGCGGGCAGCCCCGGGAUGGCGUCGUCCUUCCACAGCGCCGUGCUCAGCCUGGUGAAGGCCAACAACGUGCGCACGGCCGCCCACUCGUGCUGCGUCCCCACCCGCCGCCGCCCCCUCUCGCUCCUCUACUUCGACCGCAACAGCAACAUCGUCAAAACCGACAUCCCCGAUAUGAUCGUGGACGCGUGCGGGUGCAGCUGACGGGGGCAGCUCUGGGACCCCCCCCGUAUCCAGGACUGCCAUGGGGAGAUCCCCCCCCGGCCUGCGCUGCGAUGGGGGGAGCGGGGCGGGAGCGGCUCCGUGUCCCCCUCCCCCCCCCCCCCCCCCCCUCCCGGAGUGUGGGGCUGAAAGGCCGCUGUGCUCCUCCGCCCCACUGCCACGAGUGUGGGGUCACGGAGCGACGUGCAUGCGGCCCUAAAAGCUGAGGGUGAAGGGGGUGAUGCUGCCGAGAGCCCCGAAAGCACAGUGCUGAGGUGCCGUCCUCACCCCCAGGAGGAUGCAGAGCCGCGUGGGGGGGGUCUCUCCCCUCCUACCCCCAUUCCCCACGUGUGCAAACCCCGUGUGUGUGUGUGUGUGUGUGUGUGUAUGUGUGUGUGUGUGUGUGUGUGUGUAUCUGUGUGUGUGUGUGUGCAAACCCCCCCCCCCCCAACUCGGCUCCGUCCCAUCCCAGUCUCUCUCACACUUCGCCUUUGAGGCCGCACUAAAGAUGGAGAUCCAAAGAUCCAAAGCUUUGCACCUCCGCUUUUGCAGCCAUCGCCACCUCCCCACAGAGGUUUUUGCAGCCAUAGGGACCCCCCCGGGGCUCUGCUCCCCCCCCCCCACAUCUCCACCGAAGAACCCAUUCUGCCUUUUUGCUUUCUGGUGCUCACGUGUGCAAUGAGUCCGCGCGCUCCGUGCUUUUAAUUUAUUGUCCCACUUUGGUGCAGCUUUCCCCAAUAAACGGGUGGAGAU